GGCGGGGCUCCCGGGGCGCGUGCGCGGCGGCCUGGGCUGCGGGCCCCUCCUUUGGCGGGGGCGCGCGGCGCGGAGGACCGCACGGAAAGGGGGAAGUCAGGUGGCCGCUGCCGCCGCCGCCGCCACCGCGGUUUGUCGCCAGAAGGAAAAUGGCGGAUCUGGAGGAGCAGUUGUCUGAUGAGGAGAAGGUGCGUAUAGCAGCAAAAUUCAUUAUUCAUGCCCCUCCUGGAGAAUUUAAUGAGGUGUUUAAUGAUGUUCGGUUACUGCUUAAUAAUGAUAAUCUUCUCAGGGAAGGAGCAGCUCAUGCAUUUGCACAGUAUAACUUGGACCAGUUUACUCCAGUAAAAAUUGAAGGUUAUGACGAUCAGGUAUUGAUAACAGAACAUGGCGACUUGGGGAAUGGAAAGUUUUUGGAUCCCAAAAACAGAAUCUGUUUCAAAUUUGAUCACUUAAGAAAGGAAGCAACUGAUCCAAGACCAUAUGAAGCAGAAAAUGCAGUCGAAUCAUGGAGAACUUCAGUAGAAACUGCUCUCCGAGCUUAUGUAAAAGAACAUUAUCCAAAUGGGGUCUGCACUGUAUAUGGUAAAAAAAUAGAUGGACAGCAAACCAUUAUUGCAUGCAUAGAAAGCCAUCAGUUCCAAGCAAAAAACUUUUGGAAUGGUCGUUGGAGGUCAGAGUGGAAGUUUACAAUCACCCCUUCAACCACUCAGGUGGUUGGCAUCUUGAAAAUUCAGGUUCAUUAUUAUGAAGAUGGUAAUGUUCAGUUAGUGAGUCAUAAAGAUAUACAAGAUUCCCUAACAGUGUCUAAUGAGGUGCAAACAGCAAAAGAAUUUAUAAAGAUUGUAGAAGCUGCGGAAAAUGAAUACCAGACUGCCAUCAGUGAGAAUUAUCAGACAAUGUCGGACACUACUUUCAAAGCCUUACGUCGACAGUUGCCAGUUACACGCACUAAGAUUGAUUGGAACAAGAUCCUUAGCUACAAGAUUGGCAAAGAGAUGCAGAAUGCAUAAGAUGAACAUUGCAUGACCGGAUCAUUUUAAUGUCUUUGCGUUUUAAAAAAAAAAAUCAUUGCAAAAAUAUUCAGAACUGUCGAGCUACCCAGUCAGAUGGGCUGUUGCCAUUUAAAAUCACUGUAAUUAGUUUGGUUAGAGCACAAAGCUUAGCUAAUCAACCAUUAUUUUUCAUUUCUUUUGUUCAAAGGGGAUUGAAAAUCAGUUUAGUUUAAAUGUCUUUUACUUUGUUAUACCUUUCUUUCUUAUAAUUAAGAGAUGAUUCCUCUAGUGUAAUGUUAAAAGUUUUUGAAGUGUUUCAAAAAUAUUUUACUUACCGUAACCCUAAAAUUGUUGUCUUUUGGUUUAUGAAGUGGGUAAUUUUUGAUAUUUGCCCAGUUCUUUUUAAUGGGGUCAAUAAUGGACAUUCUAGUUUAAGGUGGUUGAUGGAUUUAGCCAUAUAUGCUGCUAAAGAAAUUGUCUACCUUUUCCCCCUCACCUCUUCCAUUUAUCUAAAAUUGAGAUUAGAGGGAAAGCAUUUUCUAUAUCAGUUGUGUUUGAAUCUUUCAAGAAGGUUAUUUAGCUAGCUUAGUGUUUAACUAAACUUUUUUUAAACAAGGCCAAGGUUUAGUGCUGUUUGGAGAUUCUGAAAUUAAAUGAAAAUACUUAUUUCAGAAAUGCAUUUAAUGCUUUUUUCUUGUGACAGUUAUGCAAAUUAGCUUGAACUCCAUAUGUCCCUGAGUUAUUUUUAUCAUAAAGCCACAAAUGUAUUAUAACAAGGCAAAUUGUAAUAUAUAUAAUCCUGAACUCAUGACCAUGUCUCAGUUUAUUUCUUUUCUUGGAUUGAAAAGUACUAAAAUUCAAUGUGACAUUAAAAUGAAAAUUUUCCUAUU